AUGUCCACUGAAACAGUUUACUUUACCGACUUCUCCAAUAUGGAGUUUGCCUACAGAUCCGAGGAUUCCAGAUCCGCGAGAUAUCGACAGAAGCAAAGAUACGAAGCGACUCUUCUCCGCAAUGCCGUCGCUUUGGCCGUGAUCCACAAACUGCAUCGCUGGUGCUGCCAAUUGUUCUGGCUGACGCUGGUUUGUGUGAUUGGUUGUUAUGGGGAAUUGAAUGAAGACAAACAGAAAACGAUCAAAAGUGUGCGGAAAAAUAUUUCUCUGACUUCGCAGCGCCGCUCGAAGACCGUCAGCGAUCUCGAGAUGCAGGUAAAUAAAUUCUCUUAUCAGAAUUGAAGGGAACUUGUGUUACAAUCAAUUGAGAAUGCCCCUCAAAUAUGAUGUAAUAUGCGUUUUCAAGAAAAAGCAAAAAGAUUUAUGUGUAAUUUAAUUGUUUUCAGUUACUGCGCCAUCUGACUUGUCCGCAAACUGCGAUUCUUCGGCCGAUUAGUAGAUCCACUGGCCACAAGAAACGUCAUCUCUCUCGACCCCCGUCUCCUCAACUAUUCGAUAUCCACGAAGAGACCGAUCUGGAGUAA